CGGCGGGAUACCCCCGCGUCCUUCACGUGUGUACUGUCUUGAAGUGCGACGCCGGCGCACCGAGACCGCGGCACCGACGGGUCCGACAGGACAGACGCGCGCCAGGGCCCCACCAUGGCGACCGCUCGCUACUCCCUGCUCGCCGUCCUCGUGGCCGUGACCGUCGCCGCGGGGGACCUCGUUGACGAGACGGUCCCGCCUCCGCCGCCGUCCCCAACCUCCGCCUCCACCUCCACCGAAGGGCUGCUGCCCCCGGGGACCGUGACGGAGCCUUACCCGGAGUCCACUCCCGUUUCACUGGAAGCGCUUCACCAGUGCGGCGAGCAGACGAAGUACGACACCAACUGGGAGCUGCUCAACGCCAUUGACGUCGAGGAGCUCCUGCUGCAGUUCGGCGGCCCCGCCGGCCAGCUCAACGACUCGUUCCCCAGGAUGGACCCGGCCGACCUGCCGCUUGUGUGGGGACCGCACGGCCGCUACGACCUCUUCGUGGACUUCUUCGAGCGCGACCCGUUCAGUCUCAGCAACGAGAGGUUCGUGUAUUUGCCACAUUAUUUCUGCUCUGUUAAAAAUACCGUUGUGCCGCGGCGCAUUUCGAAAAGCCGAAACGGAGAGGAAGAACAACAAACGUCGCGAUGAAGGUCGUGGUCUCCACCCUGCGCGCGCCCGUCCGUCGCGGCG